UUUUUCCACUUUUACAUUUAAAGAGAAAUUUUUAAUGUGCCAUAAAUUUUAUAUUAUUCCAUCUUAGAUAAUUAUUCCUCACUUGAGGAAAGCAAAAUGUACAGCUUCAAAAAAUUAAUUCAACAGCGAUACAGCAUCUUUCCAAUUUUACUAUAGAACAGUCGCAAAAAUGACUGAAGGUCAAAAAAUUUGCACUAAGAAGAUGCAUGGAAUUCAGUCAAUCAAUCUUAUCCAAUGCUAUUCUGCUAUUCGUAAAAACAAAGGCGAAAUAUAUAAGGUUAAAUACAUAAAUGACAUUAUACAAGAUUUGGAACACUAUGGACCAGCUGGUUUAAUACAUAUUGCUGUUCUGAGUAGCAUAAUUAAAAGACCCAUCAAGAUAUGGAAUGUUAAUGGUAGUUUAAAUAAAAUAAUCGGUAAAAGAAAAACAGGACAUCCUGUAGACAUUGAAUUUCAUGCGACUGAUUCGGAAGGACCGACAUUUUACAUAGAAAAUUCUCAUUUUUAUCUAAGCUUUGCUAAUCCUUUCCUAGGUCAUUGGACUCUAAGAGGUAACAAAGAUCCUGACAAUGUUGUCACUGAUUUAAACAGCUGUCUCUUUUCGGUGAUUGGCUCUCAAAUCGAGCAGGAUCCAUUAAAACUUCGUAAAUGGACGGUAUUAAAACUGAAAAACAACUUUCAGAAUUUCGCAAAACGGAUAUACAAGAUAAAAUUGAAAAAAAACAUCAAAUUAAUUGGCGGGGCUCGUCAUUACGACGGAAAAUCGCCUGAGUGUGCUAAAGAAAUUCUAAAUAGUUCAGAUAAUGAACCCUAUCAUUGCAUGACAUACUCUGAGAACACUGAACGACGGCUUUUCGGCCAUCCUAGAGGACAUGCCUUACAUGAUUCAGAAGAUUGUAUAUACAGAGCACAGGAUUUUGUUAAACAUCAUAAAAGGAAUGACAUUGAUGUUUUUUUGUCGCGAAGUGAUCAAGACUACAUCGCUCAUUUAGCUCUGAAAACAAAAGAAGCUAGGGCAUGUACAGACGAACUCAAUGAUGGAAAAAUUAGUGCACAUGUCGCUAUACCACGUGAGAAGAUACUUGAACAACACAGGAAGGGUAUAGAACAGAAAGAAACAUACCAUCCUGCUUUACUUCCCAACAUGCAAACACUUUACAAGUGCAACAGGUUGGAACCCGUAACGGAAUUUAACCAGAUAAUAAUAGUAAUGAAACAUCAUGUAUACUCGUAUUUUUGCGAGCGAUAUAUCUUAAUACAUACUUUGUAUCCAACUGAAAAUAACAAAAAGGAAGAAUUUUAUUCUUUCCAGGAACUUCUGCAGAAACUACUAGAAAAUGUUCUUCAAACCCUAACUUAAUUACUCUAUACACUUUCCAUAU